CAUUAAACUACUACGGUUACCGGUAGUUCGUUCGGCUGUCUAUCGUUCAGUCGUCGGGUUGUCAGCCGAAGACCACUGCACCGUUAGCAGGGCAUUUAAAUUCGUUUUCCGUACGAUUUCAAUUCCGCGCGUUCCGCGAUUCUUCGAUACGACAAUAAUGCUUCAUCCAAUCGAGAGAUUCUCCUAAGCGAGACGGAAGUGAAACGUAAUUAAAAACAUCGGAAAAAAAACAGUCGUCAUCAUUAUCGAGCGCGACGAAUUAUAUUUAUAAGACUGUAUACACCUUGUAUACAGGAGUACUUGCAGAGAGAAUAGAAUAAAUUUUCAAUAGAAGAAUGAGACGAUAUUGUGGAUAAUAAAUCUGAGGGAAAAUCAUUCCAUUAUUGCUUAAAUUUAAUUUUAACCAAAAGUGCAAAAGUGAAACUUUAUGUCUUUCAUAUUUUUUUUCUAUUUUUUUUCUCUAUUUUUUUCUUUAUUUAAGAAAAUAUUUUUAAUUUUUAAAAAGUGAAAAUUUAUUUCUUGUUAACAAAAAUUUAUUACGGCAAUGUCAUCACAAAAAUAGAGUUGUAUAUUUUAGAAACUCUAGACUUUUAUAUCGAAUUAUGCUUAAAGAAAUCAGAAACUGUUUGAUUAAAUCACGAAUGUACAACAAUUGCUGACAUUGGAAGAUCGGAGACAAUAGACAAAUAAUUUUGAUUAAAAAUCUCUUUAUUUCAAUCAUGCUGAAAGGAAUUAUUCUGUUGGUUCUUCAUGUCUUCUGCGACAUUGCAUUGGCAGGGCAAUGCGGAAAGGUGUGGGUUACGGUUUCCUCUUUGUGGAGACCAAUCGCUGCCAGCGACAAGGUGGUCGAUGCCGAAUUGGAAGUAAAUUGGGAAUUCGAUUGUCCGGCGGGCACAAGAUACUCAGAUACCCAGAUCAAGGUGUUCACUGCUGACCCGUUAGCAGCACAUAACAAAAUGAUCAAACCCGAACUGAUUUUGACUUCCUUACAACGUCCCCGAGGAUAUUAUAGAACAAAUAUUACAGUUGGUCGCCCGCCACUGCCAGGAGGAUGGAAUACAAAGGACGGGGCUACUCUGCCAGGAUCACAUUGUCUCGAUUAUUAUGCAAUCCUUUACAAAGACGGUCACAUGUUUUCCAUGUCCUGUUUGCAAAUUUGGCCGACGUGGAUGUAUGAUUUGAGGAGAGAAAUCGGUAUGCUUCCUAUCGGCAGUCUGAUGAUACCCGGAACACAUAAUUCUGGUUGUUACAAACACGGCGAUCUGACACGCCGAGAUGCCUUUCAGCGGUACUUGUUGACACAGGAUCGUGAUGUUUGGACGCAGUUGGUGCAUGGCAUAAGAUAUCUAGAUAUUAGAGUUGGAUAUUAUCCAUCGAUACCGAACGGCACCGCACUUGACGAGGACGGCAAUCAUGUAAGUAGAUUCUGGGUCAAUCACGACGUCAUCCGUAUCACACCUCUUUCAGAGAUUUUAAAGGACGUGAGGGAUUUUUUGGACGCAGCGAGGGGUGAAGUUGUCAUUAUGGACUUUCAUAGAUUUCCUGUCGGCUUUGAAGGUAGACCAAACAGACAUCGGAAAUUGCUAGCUAUUUUACAUAGAGAAUUCGAAAGUUUAAUCUUGAAGCCGGAUAGAGGGAUUGAAGGUCUGGGACCAACAUUAAAUGAUAUUUGGACCGGCGGGAAAAGAUUAAUUAUCUGUUAUGGUGACAAACACAUAGUAAACGAAUAUGAAUGGCUAUGGCCACCCUUGACACAAGUAUGGGGCAAUCAGCAAACAGUAGAGGGUUUGUUCGAAUAUUUGGAUGAAGAAAUUUUGGGAUCAAAAAAACGCAGAAAUAGUCAGAAUCCAUUGUGGGCAGUAAUGGCGGAAUUGACGCCAUUUCCAUUAGACAUUUUCUUUAAUUUAUCUGGCGGACUUCGGCAGAUGGCGGAUUCUGUUAAUCGAAAUCUCACUGUCAAGUUUCAAGAGGAAUGGUGGAAGGAAACGAAUAUCGUGGCUACAGAUUUUUUUCUCGGAAACGAUCUGAUUUGGGUAUCGAGAAUGUCAAAUAUAAAGAAAAGUAAUAUUGCACAAUGGCGUUUGUAGUCAAAAUAUAAAAUUACUUUAAUAAUUUUGAAGUUAUUCCUCGUUUUGAAAAUAACAAGAAAAUAUUCACUCAGCAGUGAAACAAACAUUUUAUUAAAUUUCCAUAAAUCUUAAUAAAGAUGGAACGAUGUACAUUGAA